AUGGCAGAAUUGAGAUACAUCAGCCCUGAUGGCCCACCCCUUGGAGGAAUGCCUCCCCAAGAUUUCGCCUUUCUCCAAGCGUUUCAUAUACCGCACUUCAUGGCAUACCCCUUUAUACAGAACCCUCCCCCAGGUCCGCCGCCCGCCUCGGCCCCAGCCCCAGCUCCGGCUGCAGAUGCCCCUGCACCACAGGUAAUAUUACACCAAACCUUUACGACCAACGUUCCACCUCCCGCUCCAGCGCCGAUGGCGCCAGAUUCAUCUCCACCUAGGGCUCCCAACCCAAGCCCGACCGCUACUCAGGCCCCAUCUCCGGCAAGCCCACCUGCUGCGGCUCCAGCUCAAGGCCGUCGCUUACCUAGCGGUGCAUAUCCUCCAGAUAGCGAACGGGCUAUGGUCCUUCCAACUGGGCAGGGCUAUAUUUUCCCGAAGAAGCAUACUACAUUACAUAUUAUCGAGGCAUUCACUGCCCCCUGGGACAAUCCUGGUGGCACUUUCCAAUGGCGCUCCUAUCGUGUUCCUUCUUCGAUGUCAAUCUCAGAACUCAUAGAUCAGCUCUGUCCGACAAAGACACCGGAUGGCCGCGAUGUCGCGAGCCGUGGGAUCAUAGAGUGUCUUGAGAUUGGCGAUGGGACAUGGCUCAAAGGUUCAGAAUUUUGGAUCGGAGGUCGCCGUGGCGGUGAUGAUAAUAUGAAGCGUCGUGUCUCUCAGAGCCUUACAGCCGUCGGUUGGACCGAGCAGCGAGGAUCUGUUGCUCAGCCAGUCUGGAUAACCCUCAAUAUUGCGGUUUGACCUGGCGGCCAUGAUAGGAUUCAGUUUGUGGCCUAGUAGUCAGUCAACCUACGAGAAAUGAAGGCAGGCGUUAUGGUAAGAACACGACCAUGCUUUGCUACCAAGAGAAUCAUUGCCAUGCUAUACUCCGUUUCCAUACGCAGCCUCGAAUUAGUUUUCUUACAUUUGAAUUCCAUUUGGAUAUCCAUUAGUUAUUUGUUAUCAUGUUCUUAUAAGCUGUUUCAUGUUUGUCACUUCUAGAUGUUUCUGGUGCACGGAGAGGCAUGCUAUCUUAUCGCAUUUUACCUUUAUAGUUCCUUUCUAGAAUGAAAUAUUAAUACUGACCACCAUUGAGACUAUUUUUACCGAACAAUGAGACUCGUAGUGGCGAUAUCUCAGAGCUUCCCGUAUAGUAUACAGCGGGGGUUAUUUAGCCGCAAAACUCUUCUAAGGGUGUAGUAAGCAUCCCAUUUCCUCCCUGUAACGAACUCGCCCGGGUGGUCUAGUUGGCUAUG